UAUAAUAUUUUGAAAAGCUAUUGUCUUUACUUGCGUUUGCAUGUCUUCUUUACAGUAAUGGCCACUUCUAUUGGUGUUUUGACUAUUUUUCAUGGGGGAACCUUUGAGCGGGGCCCAGCUAUUGACUAUGUUAACAAUACAAGGUCAAUCUUUGAUGUGUAUGAGGACAAAGUCAAUCUGGAAGAAAUUAUAAAGCUUGUGCAUGCUUUAGGUUACCAAGACAUUGGAGUUAAAAGCAUCUAUUUCAAGUCUCCACUUGAAAAAUUUGAAAGAUUGAAAUCAAUUUUACAUGCUAAUUGUGUUGAUGAGAAUAGUAAAAUCAUUACUACAAGUGGUGAAGUGGAAGUUUACAUUGAUCAUAAUGACAUGGGACCAAAUAGUGAUAUUUCUGAAAAUCUUGAUCAAGGAGAAAAAAGUGUUCCUGCAAAUGAAUACUCUAGGGAUUUUGAAGAGGAACAUUCUAAUGAUGAAGAAGGAGAUGAGUCAAAUGUUGAUGAGGAGUAUAUGGCAAGUCAUGUUGGUAGUUAUAGGGGAGAUGAGGAGUAUGUCGCUAUUGGAUUCGAGGAGCAAAGGGAAAUUCAGAAUCUAACCUCAGUGCAAGCUAUUGCAGAAAAGGAGAGGUUGAGAAAGGAGAGGGCAACAUCAACUAGUAGGAGAGUUGAGGGUUGUUGUCCAUUUGAAAAAUGUGUGAGGGCUAAAAGAAUGGUUAUUAAAGAGUUGAGAGGGAAAUUUAGGGAUGAGUAUGCAAUGCUUCCUGGUUAUGCAACAUACUUGUCAAGUCUUAAUCUUGGUAACACAGUCAUAGUUGAAAGAGUCCGUAAAGGUAUUCUUUUAUCAACGGUUGACAGAGAUGGGAACAACCAAAUGUACCUUGUGGCAUGGGCUGUUGUGGAUGUUGAAAACAUAGAUAAUUGGGAGUGGUUUUUCAAGUUGUUAAAAGAAGAUUUGAGUGUAGGCUUUGAUGUGGAUUUCACUCUAAUUUCUGAUGAGCAUUUGGGAAUUCUUAAUGCCAGUGCUACUAUAUCUUCUAAUCAAGAGCAUAGGCAUUGUGCUCGGCAUAUAUACUGCAAUCUUGCCAAGAGAAAUAGGGAUUUGGGUUAUGCUCAGCUAAUGGACAAGGAUGGUAAGUAUUGGUCAAAGGCUUUUAUUGAUCCUCAUUCCAAAUGUGAUUCUAUUGACAACAACAUAUUAGAAACCUUUAAUUCGUGGAUUCUUAAAGCAAGGUGCAAAGCACCAAUUAGCACGAACAAGCAAAUAAUAGAAAUGUGCAUGGAGAGAUGUAGGGAUAAAAAAUUUAAUGUUGAUAAGUGGUCUAUUGAUGUUUCCCCUAGAACUAGGAAAAAGCUCAAAGAACACUUUGACCAUGCUAAUGCUUGUGAAGAAAUAUGGAAUGGGGUCACUCAAUUUCAAAUUUAUGAUGGGAAGACUACAUUUACUCAUGGUAUUGAUUUUAAGGAUCGAACAUGCACCUAUAGGGUUUGGCAAUGUAGUGGAGUUCCUUGUGCACAUGCUUCGCAUGCCAUAAUCAACCAAGAAGGCCAUAGUAGGAGAAGAUGUCCAUUCAAAGACAGAGAAGAAUAUGCCAAGUUUGCUAAUAAAAAUUUAGGGGCCAAUUCUGCAACUAUAAAAGAUGUUGGUAACCAUAUUGGGUCAUCUUUAAAGGGAAGUAGAAAGAGAAGUAACAAUAAUGAAGGGCAAUGUGUAGAUACACUGGAAAGUGCAAGUAUAGUGAAAAGACCUAAGUCAAAUGUCGUAUAUAGGGUUGUUGUCAAGGUUCCAGAAGGGGAUGGUCUAUUCAUUGAUAAUGCAAUUGAACUACAAAUUCUAAAUCCUAGGAAAAAGGGAAAGCAGCAACUUAGAUCAAGAGGAAAUCAAAAUGCAAAAUACAAGAUUCAACAAAAUAUAUACUCAAAUAGCCAGAAAUCUCAUCGCAAUUCUGUGGAGAAAUUGGCAUUCUCUUCACUCAUGGAAAGGGGAAUCGCAACCACAUAUGGCGGCUGUGACUACGGAUGUGGUUGUACAAGGGAACGAAUAACUGGAGUUUCUUCUACCACUGCGGAGAUGGGAUCGCCUUUAAUCGAUCCAACCGAUGAAUUUUCUGGUGUUCAAUUGGGCCGUGAUGCAGGAGAUAUAUUCUACGGCACGGACGACCUUGACGCGAUGAGAGAUUUUAUGUACAAGGAAGACGUAAUCGAGAAUUACCGGCGGGAGGCGGCGAUGAAGUCUUUGAGGAAGAGAACGCGAGGGUUGAGCUCAGGAUUAAGGUGUUUCGACUUCUUAAAGUUGCUAUGCUGUAUACGAUUCUCGAAGUAGAACUGUCAUGUAGAAGAGAAAUCUUAUGGUAUUCUAAGUUGCAUGUCCUCUCUAUAUAUAUUUUUCUCUAUUUUGUUUUCCAUUUUAGAAUUCGGAGCACCGCCGAUGAGUCUUGGCCGCCGGCGGUGAUGAUAACUGAAAAUUCUAAUACUUGAUAAGGUAAGGCAGUAGGAUAAGAAAGAUCGCCAGCGCUUUCUUUUUUAUUUCUAUUUUUAUUUUUAUUUAUGUUGAUCGCCAGCGCAUUAAAGUUGUAAUUGUUGGUGUGUACAUAUUUUAUUAUAGAGCUUUCUUAACUCGCCCAUAAAGGUACAUUUAAAUA